AGCCGCGGCGGGAAGAUGAGGCUGCGGGAGCCGCUCCUGGGCGGCAGCGCCGCGAUGCCGGGCGCGUCCCUGCAGCGGGCCUGCCGCCUGCUCGUGGCCGUGUGCGCGCUGCACCUCGGCGUCACCCUCGUCUACUACCUGGCCGGCCGCGACCUGGGCCGCCUGCCCCAGCUGGUCGGGGUCCGCACGGCGCUGCAGGGCGGCUCGGACGGCGCCGCCGCCCUCGGGCAGCCCUCCGGGGAGCUCCGGGAGCGGGGGGCCCGGCCGCCGCUGUCGUGGGGCGGCUCCGACCUGCGCUCGGGGGGUGACUCCAGCCUCGGGCCUGCGAGCAACUUGACUUCGGCCACUGCGCUCCCCACCACGGCGCUGGCGCUCACCGCUUGUCCUGCGGAGUCCCCGCUGCUCGUCGGCCCCAUGCCAAUCGAUUUUAAUAUAAAAGUGGACCUGACGCUUGUGGAGAAACAGAACCCGAAAGUGAAGGCGGGCGGCCGCUACAGCCCCAAGGACUGCAUCUCUCCUCACAAGGUGGCCAUCAUUAUUCCAUUCCGCAACCGGCAGGAGCAUCUCAAGUACUGGCUCUAUUACUUGCACCCAAUCCUGCAGCGGCAGCAGUUGGACUAUGGCAUCUACGUUAUCAACCAGAGAGAAAGAGAGAGAGAGAGAGAGAGAGAGAGAGAGUGGAGUGCCGACCUAACUACUGCUGUGACUGCCGCCGCUGCUGCCACCACCGCUGCCGCCCUGGCAGGAGACGUCAUGUUCAAUCGUGCUAAGCUCCUCAACGUUGGCUUUCAGGAGUCUUUGAAGGACUAUGACUACAACUGCUUCGUGUUUAGUGACGUGGACCUCAUUCCCAUGGAUGACCACAACACCUAUAGGUGUUUUCCACAGCCGCGGCACAUUUCUGUUGCAAUGGAUAAGUUUGGAUUUAGCCUACCUUACGUUCAGUAUUUUGGAGGUGUCUCUGCUCUAAGCAAACAGCAGUUUCUCACCAUCAAUGGAUUUCCUAAUAAUUACUGGGGCUGGGGAGGUGAAGACGAUGACAUUUUUAACAGAUUAGUUUUUAAGGGCAUGUCUAUAUCUCGCCCAAAUGCUAUUGUUGGCAAGUGUCGGAUGAUCCGUCAUUCAAGAGACAAGAAAAAUGAACCCAAUCCUCAAAGGUUUGACCGAAUUGCACACACGAAGGAGACAAUGUUCUCUGAUGGUUUGAACUCACUCACCUAUAAAGUGUUGGACAAAGAGAGACACCCCUUAUAUACCAAGAUCACAGUGGACAUUGGGUCACCGAGCUAGCAUUUUGGAAGAACAAUAAGAAACCUGAAAGUGAGCAGGACCUCUGCUGUGUUUUGCCAAUCUGCUGGGCUGGUCCCUCUCAUCCUUACCAGUCUGAGUGAUAGGCCCCUUCACUCACCAUUCAGAUGCUUUUCCAGAUGACCAGAGCGGGAGAUUCUGCCCCCAACUUGGCUGAGCAUGUGACUUCUUAGCUCUACAAGGUGUUUGUAAGUGAAGAAACUGUCAGCCUUUGGGGCAUCCCUGGCAUAUUCACAGGGUCACUCCAAAGAGUCAGAUCUGGGCACAGCCCAAAAUUUGGUGGCUGUGGGACUCAUUCCCCAUGAUCAACUGCUAAUUUGUCGUGAAAUAAGAAUUUUGCUUUAAAUUGUGGUAUUAUUACCUAUGAAAAAUUGGAAAGUGCUGCUGAAGUUGAACUGAUAAGAUUUUUUCUUUUUGGUUAUCACAUUUUAACAGGAAAACGCAGAAAUCAACCAUUCUCAUUUGAUCCCCUUCCCUCCUCCUUUCAGUUCUAUGCCACUGUUACAAUCACUCGUGUGUGUGUGUUUGUGUAUUUUUUUUAACAAAUGAAUUUUAAACUUGAGCCUUGGAUCUUUUUGCCCUGCUCAAAAGUGUGAAUUCCAAGGCAACUUUAGCUAUCAAAGCAAAAGCCGCGAGUGUUCUCACAUUCAGUGGCCUUUCUCCAGAUUGUCUGAUUUCUGAAUGUAAAGACUUUUUUAGAAUAGCAGUUUGUAGUCUUUUAAAGAAAGAACAAAUCAGGUUCUAAUUCUGAGCUAGCUUGAUUGUGUGUCAAUCCAGAUUUGCGUAGCUGUUUAGUGUUGUCAUGGCAGUUUCUUUUCUGAGCGUGCUAUGUAAACUUGAAUUUACUAUGUAUUUUUAUUGUGGUGUUUUAAAUAUUGGGGAGGGGAUUGAACAUUUUUUAGGGGAACAAUAAUGUAUGCUGUAGUGGCCCCAAACGGGCCUCUGAUAAAGCUGACAGACCAGGUUUUGUGAAGAGCAAAUCAGCACCUUCAUCCCCUCGAUGAGGGCAAAGCCUGGUCAGCCCUAUCCUGCCGGACCUCUGGGUGGGGGCAAAAGCCUGCUGGGCAGAGCUCCCCACCUUCCCCCACCCACCCAACCCUGGUGGGCAGGGCAGAACCUCCACCUCUGCCCACCUGGACGUGGAGUUGUGACAGCAGUCAAGUUGUUUACCAGCCCCUUACCCUGGGGACCAUCUCUCUGGGAGGCUCUGCUGGCCACACUGCCUGGCCCACCUUGCAUGACCAAUUCUUCCUUCCUCUUCCUCCUCCUCCUUAUUGUUCUUUUGCUUCUAGCAAGUUCCUUAAAACUUGCCUGUGACACUCAGGGUUAGACUAUUCAUUCUCCAGCAUGAAUGUGCCUUUUAAUUAAGAGACAUAGAAAGAAAUUCAUCAGGACCCACCCCUGCUCCCCCACGACCACUCUGGUGCCUGAAGCCUCCCAUUCCCUCUCAGGUUUUUAGCAGGUUCCCCAUUCCAGGGAGGCUGACCCAAGGGAGUGUCUUCCCCAAACCCAUCUUUGCUGUGGUGAGAUGCCCAAGGCAACUCCUACCACUGAGCACCCUUGCGGGUCCAGCCUGGGGUAAAGGCAUAAGACUCAGCUGUGGCAACCGGGACCCCCACUACUGACCUUGGUGUGGAGGCUGAGCUGGCGCCUGGCCCUGUCUUACCUGUGCCUUUAUCGCUUUGAGCAUCUCAGAUGCUAACUUGAUUCUUUUUCCAGACGCCUUUGUAUUAGUUAAAAAUUAUUUUUCCACUGCAGAAGCAGCUGGGCUAUGCGAAGAGUAUUCCUACCGUUAGUUUUCCCCUUCUUAAAAAACGAUGUUAGCAAAGUUCAGAGUGGCUGCAUGGGGAGGAAGUUUUGGGAAAUGUAAAGAAUAAAAGGGCCCUCUUCACCCCCCCCACCCCC